AUGGCUGGAGGAAGUACUACGGAUGACGGUGAUCCAGAAAAUAAUGUAGGAGAUAUUAUGGCCACCUUGCAGCUCUUAGUCAGUAGAACUAACGAGUUAAAUCGAAAAGUCGAUCUCCUGUUAAACGAAAACCAGAAUUUGAAACGUGAAAUUGCCAGCCUGAAGGAAUGUAAGCCGUCAACAGCCCCAUCAAGUGUGAACUCCAAGUUGUCAUAUGCUGCAGCAAUAGGCACCAAAAAUGAUAGCAAAGUUCUGGUUGUAAAGCAAAAGUGUCCGGAGAAAGAUGUAAAGCAAGUGAAGGAGGAUUUGAUAAAGAAAGUCAAUCCUUCUGUUAUUGGAGCCGGUUUAUCUCUAGGAAAAGCAACCAAAAGUGGCGACGUUAUCAUUAAGUGUGGCAAUGAGAAGGAGCUAACUUCGAUACAGUCGCAGAUCCAGAACAACAUGGGUGACAACUACAGUGUUGAGGUACCAAAACUUUUAGAGCACAGGAUUAAGGUGGUGGGCAUUAACGAGUCUGAGUACAACCUAUCAGAUAAUGAAAUUUUGGCCAAAAUAAAGAGUCAAAAUAAUGUUCCAGAAUUUCCAAACCGGAAAAUUCAAAUUGUCUUAAAAAAGAAACGCUCUUCUAUAAAGGCGAAAUUAACAAUAUUUGAAAAAUUUGUUAGGUCGAUUGAAGGCUUGCAAAAUGAUACAGAAUUACUUGAGCGGUCAAAAAUUAUGGAACUUGAGCAACGUUUGCAGGAUGCCCAACAGUUAAUUAAUCAGUUUGACGAUGUGCAAACUGAAAUCGAAUGUCUUGUAGAUGAUAUUAAUUCAGAAUUAAAUGAACGCGAGCAGUUUAACAAAAUAACAAGUAACUUACCAGAAAUAACCAUAGAUCGUAAGGCGCUUAAAAUACCACAGCAUUUUAAACUUGCAGAUCCCUAUUUCGAAAUAUCAGAUAAAAUAGACUUAUUGUUAGGAGCCGAUGUUUUUUGGAAUCUCUUAACUUCAGGAAAAGAGGAACUGGGAAGCAAUGGUCCUAUCUUGCAAAAUACUAGAAUAGGAUGGAUAGUAUCUGGUCCUCUAACUUAUUUAAAUGUUAACAGUUCAACAGUUUGUAAUCUUAGUCAAAACAUUUUACUACAAAAUCAGCUUACCAAAUUUUGGGAAGUUGAAGAAAUUUCAAACAAAAAACCUCUUUCAAAUGAGGAGGCCUUAUGCGAAAAACAUUUUACCGACACUCUAGAAUAUUCAACAGAAGGAAGAUUUAUAGUUUCUCUGCCUCUUAAAGAAUCACCAGAAAAGCUUGGAGAUAGUCGUGAAUUAGCACUCAAACGUUUCGUAAAUUUAGAACGAAAGCUUUUAUCUAAUGAUAGGUUAAGAACAUUAUAUGUAGAUUUUUUACAAGAAUAUGAACAAUUAGGUCACAUGACAGAAAUACAGGAUGACACAGAGCAUAAUGAACCAGAAUACUAUUUGCCCCAUCAUGGGGUAUUAAAGGAAACAAGUACCACGACCAAACUACGGGUCGUAUUCGAUGCGUCAGCACCGUCUUCAACGGGGUUGUCACUAAAUAAUUUACAAAUGGUCGGUCCAAUAAUUCAGUCGGACCUGUUAUCAAUCCUGUUGCGUUUCAGAACACGCGCUAUUGUACUUUCAGGUGACAUCAAAAUGAUGUAUAGGCAGGUGCUAAUAAAUGCUAAACAUCGACCUUUACAGAAAAUAGUCUGGAGACCAAAUCCAAACAAAGCAAUUAAGACUUACCAACUGAAUACCGUGACUUACGGUACUACAGCAGGAUCAUUUUUGGCAAUACGUUCUUUACACCAGGUUACCAUAGAGAGCGAAAGUGAGCAUCCAAAAACUGCUAGAAUUAUUCAGGAAGACAUGUAUGUCGAUGAUUUGCUCACAUCAGUAGAUUCAAUUGAGGAAGCAGAAUAUGUUGUUAAAACUAUAUACAAGGCCCUACUAAAACGAGGAUUUGAAUUGCACAAAUGGCGAUCAAAUCGUUUCAAUUGUAAUACUAGUGACAACGUUUCAGAUGUAGUGGAAUUUACUGCUAAUAAAGAUCAGGAUACAAAAGUAUUAGGGCUACAAUGGGCAUGUGAAAAGGAUAUACUUACUUUUAAAAUUAAUCCAUUAAAUAAAGUUGAUCCAAAGAAAAUUACUAAAAGAGUUGUGUUAUCCAGAAUAGCUACCAUAUUUGAUCCUCUAGGUUUGACGAGCCCAUGCAUAAUAUUAGCUAAGGUUUUGCUUCAAAAAUUAUGGAGUGAAAACCUAACUUGGGAUCAGCCUUUACCAUCACAUAUUUUGACAUCAUGGAUCCAUUUUUCUUCCGAACUGGAAACUCUAAACGAAAUUAUGAUCAAUCGAAAGGUCACUUGCGAAAAUCCAAGUUAUAUUGCUCUACAUGGGUUCUCGGAUGCAUCCGAGACAAGCUAUGGAGCCUGUAUAUACGUGCUGCCAAAAAAUAUAAACGGUGACGCAGAAUGCAAUUUACUAUGCGCUAAGUCUAAAGUAGCACCUCUUAAGACAUUAACCAUGCCAAGAUUAGAGUUAUGCGCAGCUUUAAUUUUAUCUCAACUUCUUACCAAGGUCUUGGCCUCUGUUAAUAUUAACAUUAAUAAGGUCUAUUGCUGGUCAGACUCUACAAUUGUAUUGGGGUGGUUACGGACAUCUCCAAAUUUGCUUAAACAGUUUGUCGAUAAUCGCGUCGCGGAAAUUCAGAAGCUGACUAGUACAUUUACUUGGAAUCACAUAGUCUCACAAGAAAACCCAGCAGACCUAGUAUCACGUGGUUUAAAGCCUAAACAGUUAAUAAUUUCUGAUCUCUGGUGGCACGGCCCCAAGUGGUUAUUUUUAAAUGAACAUGAAUGGCCAAUUAGCAAUAACGUUAUUUCAAAUGAUUUACCUGAAAUGCGUAAUUGCAUAUUUCUAACCAAAACGAAUACAAAAUCAUUAUUCCCAUUUGAACGAUUCUCAAAUCUAUUAAAAAUUAAACGCGUCAUGGCAUAUGUCCUCAGAUUCGUGAAUAAUGCCAGAACACCUAAAAAUAAUCGUCAAAAUUCAUUUCUUACUUGUAACGAAAUCAAUGAUGCUUUUAACAAACUGAUAAAGGCUUCUCAGGUCGAGUCAUUCGUUGACGAAUUAUCGAUUUUAUCCUCUAAGCGUCAGCUUCCAAAACCCAGUAAUAUUCUAAGCCUGAAUCCAUUUAUAGACGACCAAGGAAUUAUGAGAGUUGGAGGCCGAUUAUCUAACUCAGAAUAUUCAUUUUCCAAGAAAUAUCCCAUAUUAUUGUCUCCAAAUCAUAUCUUAACGCAAUUAAUUAUGCGGUACGAGCACGAACGUCUCUUACAUGCAGGUCCACAGCUACUGCUGUCACAUAUACGAGAUAACUUUUGGCCCAUUGCGGGACGUAACCUUGCUCGAAAGAUAGUUCAUAAUUGCGUAAAAUGCUGCAGGUAUAAUCCACAGUCUGUCCAACCAAUAAUGGGCGAUUUACCUGCAGCAAGAGUACAGCAGGCAUUACCCUUUAUAAAGGUGGGGGUUGACUAUGCAGGUCCCUUCCAAACGAAGGACCGGCGUGGACGCGGAUGCAAAAUUAUUAAGUGUUGGGUGGCUGUAUUCGUUUGCAUGAGUACUCGCGCUAUACACUUAGAAUUAGUUUUAUCUCUUACUUCUGAGGAUUUUUUGCAAGCAUUCACUCGAUUCAUUAGCAAACGCGGAAGACCGUUGGAGGUUUUUUCUGACAACGGAGCAAACUUUGUUAGGGCUAACAAGGAUCUCCAAGUCAUGGCAGAAUUUUUAAAAACAAAUAGUACUCUUAUUUCUGAAUCAAUCCAAAAUCAAGGUAUAAAAUGGCAUUUCAUACCACCCAAUUCCCCUCAUUUUGGAGGUAUUUGGGAAGCGGGGGUAAAGAGUUUUAAAUACCACUUUAAAAGAAUAGUAGGUUCAUAUACUCUAUUCCUCUUCGAUCUACAAACUCUUGUUGCGCGCAUAGAAGCAGUAUUAAACUCCCGUCCUCUUUGCCCUUUAAGCUCCGAUCCCAACGACUUAUCCCCUCUAACCCCCGCACAUUUCCUCAUCGGAAGAUCAGCAAUGGCGUUAGCAGAACCAUCCGUGAUGCACUUACCAGAAAAUCGACUCUCGCAAUACCAGUUGGUGCAGAAGGUUCAGGAGCAGUUCUGGAAUCGCUGGCAUCGUGAAUAUAUGCACGAGUUGCAGCAACGAAAAAAAUGGAAAGUUACCAGCGGCAGCCUUCACUUGGGACAAUUAGUACUGGUCAAGGACAACAAUCUACCACCCAUGAAGUGGCGCCUAGGACGUGUUUUGAACCUCGUCGGCGGUAAGGACAAUGUAAACAGAGUGGCCAGUCAAGACCAUGGAUGGAAUCAUCAGUAG